GAUGUAAUAACAGACUUACUCAUUCAGUGGGUAGGCGAAUAGCGAAUUCGUCUUAAGAACAUUACGUCACCCUUACACUGAAUAGAGGUUUCAGCAACCAUCCAGCAGGUGCGUGCACAGUGGCUAGGCUACAUGCUUCUACAGUUCUGUGCACGAUUCCCACACUGGUGCAACACCAAAACAAUUCCGAUUAGCAAAUAAAAUCUCCUCUCGCUUCUUUCUCCUCUGAGUGAGGGAAAUGAGUCGAAAACACCGCGUAUACGUGCCGCUGCAACAAGCUGUAUAUAAUUUUAUGACGUAAUUUGGCACAACAAUAUUUACAAUUUUAAUUAGACGGUAGGCUGUCAGUGGCUUGAGGACACGAAACACAAUCAGUUACGGAAUGGCAGCAGUUAGCGUCACGGAGCCGCUUUGUGAACCUUGUGGAUAUGAUGCAAAAUUCAAAGUGGAGGUUUACGUGAAGAAGCCCCUAAUGCCCAUUCACCUGAGUAGCAUACAGGUCGGGAUGGAGAUGUUGUGCCUCUGUAGCCAGCUUGACCUCCUCAUCAGGGCACAGGUGCAUCAGUUCCAAGAACAACUCAAGCAGGACAGCAGCCCAGUGGAGUCAGAUUCUUUCCAAAGGCAAGGGGCUGAGAUUAUAGACCGGAUGUACCUUUGCUUGGACCACCUGCCAAAACCUUUGCCACAGCUGGAGGACUAUCUAGAUGCUGUGGGAUUGUCUACCAUGUUUCCGCGUGUGGAAGUAUAUCUUAUACACGGCAGCCCAGUGGACAUGUUGGAAAACCCAACCAUGGAUGACUACUUUCCUCACAUUGGUAAGCUGAACCAGUUACUGGUCCUCAGCCAACAGCUGGAGGAUGACGUGAGACACCUGGGCAGCCACAAGUACAUAGCCCACCAGCUGGCUGUCGUAUACCAAGUCCUCAGCUCUUUCAGAGGCAUCCUGCCCCUAUCCAUCCUGAAGAGGGACAUUGAAGCAAACUUCAAACAGCUGAAAAUGUCCCUGGUGACAGAGGAAGGGUCCAAGGUGGAGCCACAGCUACCCGCAUACUACGUCAGCUGGUUAUUAGGUAUUACACACAGAGUUAUAUCUUCCGUUUCCUCGCUGCCAGAGGAACUGACAGAACCCCUCAGUCCACCCAUGGCCUUCAUCUCCAGCCUCACAUGACGCACGCACUGGCUCUUCUGCAGCUUGCCUUAAUGGUGGGUACUGGCAGGCGUCUCGAUUACGCUCUACUCGGGAGAUAUUCGAAAACCUGGCCCCCUGAGGCCAGUAUUAAUGCUGGUUUUCAUUCUUCCCCUCUAAUUCGGGACUGAUUUACACCUGGGACACCAGAGGAGGUAAAUCUCUGGCCAAUCAGUUCCAUCAAUCAAUCAAUUAAACUAUUACGUGGAAAAGAAAACCAGCAGUACCGCUGGCCUCAAAGGCCAGAAUUAAGUAUCCCUGUCGUGCUGUAUACUGUUAAAAUUGCUGGGUCAAUUAUUCUAUGUUGGGCCAAGGGUGUGCAGACAUUUAACGUACAAGACAAAGCAACCAUUGCUUUGUUCAAACAUUGUGCAGACAUUUUUCAUCUUAUGUUUAAGAAUACAAUGUCAAGUUGGUCUCAGCCUGGACUGUGCUAAGGAGAGGAAGUGGUCUCAGCACAGGGGUACUAUAAAAAACUGUGUGGUUAUUUAAGAUGAGCCUUUUCUGUGUGCCAGUCAGAUUCUGCUGUGCGUUUACUCGUUUAUGCUGUAUAUUAAUUUUGUAUCAUACUACAGGGGACCCAAAAUGAUCCAGUAUGUCACAUGCACGAUAAAUGCAUACUACAACGCACACGUGUAUUCUUUGGGCGUGUCAUAAUGGUCAUAACUGGAGAUGCUCGGUAUUAAAGA